GGGAAGUAGAGAGGGGGAUGAUGAUGCAAAUGCAGCCAGUGGGGUAGGAGGUUGAAGCCACGUGGGUCAUUCUAGGAGUUCACCUGCUACACAUCAAGGAGAAUCGAGGAUGUAAAUCAAGUGCCUGCUUUUCCAUGCGGUCACGAGGAAAAUGUGCGUAGGGGUAAUGGAGUGUACUCGAAAAACCUGCAAAAGUUUGGUAAUCUUGUGAAUGAUAUAAAAAAUCGGCGGAUUACUGCUAAACUGAAAAUCAUUGUGGUUUGAUUUUUAGAAGGGUUUAUAUACAUUGGAGUCGUACAAGUAGGGAGAAAAUACAAAGAAAUGGAGAUGGCUAAAAAUCAUCACAUUCACUAGUUUUUGACCAUACAUAUAUCAGUUUGUGGGCAUUUAUAAACCAAUGCAAUUCUGGAGGUUUGGUUUAGAACAUAUCUCUUAGAUGAACCAACUCUGUUCGUUGUCAUGAAAAAGAAAUUUUUAUGUCUUUAUGUCGUCAUGAUGUCAUCACAAAGUGGGUUUAACCAUCUCUGUUACAAGAACAAGGCAAAAUAACACUCCCUCUGCAUUCAGAGGGCUAGAUUUUAGGGUGAAAAUGUGGAUUGAUUGACAUUGGCAUUUCGCUGCCUAGAGGAUGUUGGUGGAUUCAUGGAUAAAGAAGGAUAUGACCAGGUCAACCAAGUUAUCUCGAUAUCCACUGGAAAGGAGGGUCAUUGAUUGUUCUGGAACGAAUUGAAUGUCCUGCCUGCCUUUUUUUAGAUUAGCUAUUCUCAAAUAAUCUUAUGCCUCUAAUAUCUUCUUUCUUACCAAAAUUAAGGGAAAUUAGCCUUCGUCCCUUGAUUGGUGACAGUUUUCCUUUUGUCACCUCCAUUGCCAAUAGCAGUUGAUGAAGAGGAAGACAAAGCCCCAAAUUUCCCAAAAACGCCAAACACUGUAAUAAAAACAUUAAAAAUUAAUAUUACAUUAGUUCAUGCGCAGCUUCAUCAACCCUUUAGGGUAUACUUUAAAGAAAAAAAAGGAAAGCACUGAAGAAAAAGAGAAGUAAUUUGAAAAGUUCCGGCAAGAUGAAUGAUUUGAUCUCAAGUUCGUUCAAGAAAUAUACAGAACUGAAGCAACAGGCCUACCUGGAUGACAUAGAAGCUGGAAAUGAGAGCGUUAAUCUCGAUAAGUUCUUUGAAGAUGUUGAGAAUGUAAAGGAGGACAUGAAAAGUGUGGAACGGCUGUAUAAGGCAUUACAAGAAGCCAAUGAAGAGAGCAAAACUGUCCACAAUGCAAAGACCAUGAAACAACUACGUGCCCGAAUGGACACGGAUGUUGAGCAGGUGCUUAAAAGAGUCAAAAUUAUCAAGGGAAAGCUUGAAGCUUUAGAACGCUCCAAUGCGGCUAGUCGAAACGUUCCAGGUUGUGGUCCUGGAUCAUCUGCAGAUAGAACCAGAACAUCAGUGGUUAGUGGCUUGGGAAAGAAACUGAAGGAUUUGAUGGAUGAUUUUCAAGGAUUGAGAUCAAGAAUGCAAUCAGAAUAUAAAGAAACAGUGGAACGCAGGUAUUUUACGAUCACAGGGCAGAAGGCUGAUGAAGACACAAUUGAGAAUUUGAUAUCAAGUGGUGAAAGCGAAAGCUUCCUGCAAAGGGCCAUUCAGGAACAAGGAAGAGGUCAGAUUAUGGAUACCAUAUCGGAAAUUCAAGAAAGAUAUGAUGCUGUCAAGGAGAUAGAGAAGAACUUGAUUGAGCUCCAUCAGAUAUUCCUGGACAUGGCUGCACUUGUGGAAGCUCAGGGUCACCAACUCAACGACAUUGAAAGCCAUGUUGCUUAUGCUAGUUCCUUUGUAAGACGAGGUACUGAACAACUUCAGGAAGCUAGGGAAUAUCAGACGAGCUCGAGGAAGUGGACAUGUAUUGCAAUAAUUGCAGGUGCUGUCCUUAUUUUAGUCCUCCUCUUACCCCUUUUACCAACAAUUAUAAAUCUGUCGAUAGCAAGAAGAGAAGGGAAAAUCUCUUUUUGAGAUGUAUUCUGAUUUUCAGCCUAACAAAAUUCAGUUUAGAUCGUACAUAUAGCAAGUUUCUCAUAAACUAUUGUGUUUCUGAUCACAUGAGAAAAAAAGUGUACUAGACAGGAGUUUUCUCAUAAAAAUAGCACAAUUAAAAAUGAGAGUUGGGGAAAUUCCUUCACCAUUGGGCACUCUUGAUUCUUCUAUCCAAUCAAGUUGGAAUCCAACAAAGUUGGAGCCAAUCAGUAUGGGAGAAGAUUUUGUUAAACAGUAUUCCUCCAAAGGGUUCCGGAAGAAGAGCUAGUUUGAGACGAUAUUGUUGCGUCGGUGGUUACCCGGGCAUCUCAAAUGUUAAAUUGACCAUGUUUAAAUAGCUGUUUGACAUCCCUUUUUUUAAUGAAAUUUCACUGCUUUUCUUUUUCCACUUCCUUUUGUCGACAUUAUUGGCUUGCCUGAUAUGGUCUGGAUAAAAUAGACGUUAAAAGGCCUUCAGUUCCCAGUUCAUUUACACUGAAGGGGUAUGCUUCCAGUCCUAACGUCCGAAAAUAGAAGCCUAAUCUUCAUUGGACAAUCUACAAUCCGUUUUCUACAAGUCCAAAACAUCCAAAAUUGAACAAAAAUACAGAGAUUUGCCUCAUUUCUUUGCCGUGUUUAGAAUGCCUAACACCAUGAACUGCAUUGACUUUGAAUUCAAGAAUUUCCACCAUGCCAAAAAUAAUGCCAGCCCUUAAAUGGGAUUAUACUGGUUUUGG